AUGGGGCUAGAAAAAGAUGUGUCAACCAGAUGGAAUUUCACAUAUCUUAUGCUUGUGAGUGUCAUUCAUUAUCGACUUGCUUUUAGUUAUUUAGAGAUGACUGAGCCAAGCUUUAAGCAUUGCCCUACUCCACCUGAGUGGGAAAAGAUGGAAAAUAUUAGCAGUUUCUUGUGUAGCUUUUACAUUGCUACCUGUGAAAUUUCUAGUACAAAAUAUCCCACAACCAACUUCUACUGUCCUGCGGUUUCGAGUAUUUCUGUAUCCUUAAAGGAAGAAUAUUCACAAUUCAGUUCAGUGUUGGCCAUAGCAGUUAUUUUGGAUCCUCGUUACAAGCUUGAUAUAGUACGUUUUUGCUAUACAAAAAUUUAUGGAAUGGAAGGCUCUACUCAGGUGAAGCAUGUUCGUGAUAAAUUAUCAUAUCUUUUUAUGGAAUAUAGUAGUUCUCCUACAACUUCAUCUUCAAGCACCACAUCUGCUCUAAAAAAUUAUCACAAUGCAAGUGUCAAGCCUAACAGAAUGAUGCAGGAAUUUGAAACAUUUGGUGGGUUGGAUCUUACUUCACAAAAGAGUCAAUUGGAAUCCUAUUUACAAGAACCUAGGCUUGAUAGCAAUGUAAAGCUUGACAUUCUUGAAUUUUGGAAAGUACAUAAAUUACGUUAUCCUAAAGUAGCUGCGGUAGCUCAUGAUAUUUUGAGUAUUCCUAUUUCUACUGUUACCUCAGAAUCCACUUUUACAGUUGGUGGGCGUGUGAUUGUCGAGGCACUAGUUUUUACUAGGGAUUAG